AUGGGUAAAGCAUCGUCGAAACCAGCUCGCGGUGCGAGUGGAACUACACAUUCAUCCUCCGGUCAAGGAGCGAAAGGAUCUAAAGCUUCAUCUUCAAAUCAAGAAGCGAAACAAACUACAUUUUCAACCUCAAGUCUAGGAGCGAAAGCAACUACAUCAUCAUCCUCAAGUCAAGAAGCGAAAGCGACUACAUCAUCAUCCUCAGGUCAAGGAGCGAAAGCAGCUACAUCAGCAUCCUCAAAUCAAGGAGCGAAAGCAACUACAUCAGCAUCAUCAAGUCAUUGUGCGAAAGCAACUACAUCAGCAUCCUCAAUUCAAGGAGCGAGAGCAACUACAUCAUCAUCAUCAAGUCAAGGAGCGAAAUCAACUACAUCAGCAUCCUCAAGUCAAGGAUCGAAAGCAACUACAUCAGCAUCCUCAAGUCAUGGUGCGAAAGCGACUACAUCAUCAUCCUCAGGUCAAGGAGCGAAAGCAACUACAUCAUCAUCCUUAGGUCAAGGAGCGAAAGCAACUACAUCAGCAUCCUCAAGUCAAGGAGCGAAAGCAACUACAUCAGCAUCCUCAAUUCAAGGAGCGAAAGCAACUACAUCAGCAUCCUCAAGUCAUAGUGCGACAGGAACUAAAGCCUCAUCAUCUGAUCGAGAAGCGGUAGAAACUACAUAUUCAUCAUCAUAUCAGGGAGUGAAUGGAGCUACACCUUCAUCAUCAGAUUCUGGAGCAAAAAUAUGUACAGCUUCAAACUCUGAUGGAAAAGCGAAAGAAACUCCGCAAUUACAAGAUAUACAAAUGGCUGAAAUUGAGGACCGCGUUGCAGACGUCACGCGAGAUGCUGUUGAUCAACUUCGCAACCAAGAACAAGCAAUCACGAAUCAUCUUGAAUUGUUUGAAAUUAAUUUAAAGCGCUCGAUUUAUUCGGGCGCAAUCGAUACUUUGAACGAGCUGAAUCUGGGAGCGCUCAACAUUAUGAGGGACCUUGAAUUGGUAGGAAUGGGCGAAAAGGAGGCAAUCGUCUCAGGUGCAGAGGAUGGAAGGCGGGAAUUGGAGGCAACGUGUAUCAAACUAAAAGAAGACAUUGAAAGAGAAGGAAUUAAGGUCAUGCAUAACAUUGAUUCUGGUGUGCAGGGACUUCAUGAAAGAGAGCACGCGAAGGCACGAGACGGGCAGGCUCUUCUAAAUCAUCCACUGGGCAAGAAAGUCAAAAACCCCAAGCCGUACAGAAGAAUGAAGGGUAAUUAUAAGAACAAAUCUUAA